AUGGUAAUCGCUUCAGUCCAGCUUCAAGAGGAGAAGGACGUCGUCUACCGUUUCGCCAUCGAAACGGCCAAAGGCCUUCCAGUCACCUUCAAGGACAUCCAGCGAGGAACGAAGGACUGCCCAGUUCUCACCGCAGUCUACAAUUUCAUCGAGAAAGGAAAUUGGCCACAAAAACGACAUCAAAUCCGAAAUCACCAAGUGGAAGGUUUCUUUUUGAUUCGCGACAAUCUCUCAGUGUCAAAUGAUGUCAUUUUCUACGGCGAACGAGUCGUUGUACCCGAAAUUCACCGUCAACGAGUUCUCGAGCAUCUUCACCAAGGCCACCCAGGCGAGUGUCGAUCCAAAUUGCUCGCCAGCAGCAAAUGUUUCUGGCCCGGCAUCACCAAAGACAUCGAGCGCUUCGUCCGCACCUGCGAGAAGUGCGCAACAGUCUCCAAAGCUCCGAUCAAGUGCAGCUUGCAGCCCUGGCCAAUGCCCGAAAAACCUUGGUCGAGAAUUCAUGCAGACUACGCUGGGCCCAUAGACGGAUUCUCAUUUCUGGUCAUCGUCGAUGCUUUCAGCAAGUGGCCAGAAAUCUUCAAAACGAAAUCGACAACAGCCACAACGACAAUUGAAUUCUUCAAGAAUGUUUUCGCUCAACAUGGCUUGCCAGACACCAUUGUAACCGACAAUGGCCAGCAGUUUAUCUCCACUGAGUUCAAGGACUUCUGCAAUUCCAACGGCAUUCAACACUUGACUUCAUCGCCGUAUCAUCCACAAUCGGAAGGCCAGGGAGAAAAAUUCGUCGGCCUAUUCAAGACAGGCUACAAGAAAGCAACAGGAAACGUUGACCAAAAAAUUCGAGAAUUUCUCUUCUCCUACCGAUUUACGCCUUCAUACAAUCUCGGCAACAAAUCUCCAGCAGAGCUGCUCAACAGUUGCAGAAUGAAGACCACGCUGGAUCUCCUUAAACCACAACAGCCAUGUUGGACCGACGUCAACUCGCAGAUGCAACAUCAGUUCAACAAUCACCACGGAGCCAAGUGGAAGCAGUUUCUGCCGGGUGACCACGUCUAUUACCAACUCCACUCUUCAACGGACAAGUGGCAAUGGACUCCUACUACAAUCAUCGAAAAAGUUGGAAAGGUCAACUACAACGUACGUCUUGACUUGUCAAGCAACCAGAGAGUCAUUAAAGCUCACGCAAACCAGCUAAAAACUCGUUACACCAAAAACGAGUUCAAUGACACCUUCGAAAUUCCCGAUUGGCCUGAAACAACUACUCUGACAGGCGAAGCCGAGCCUAUCAUCAUCCCGCAACCUCAACAGGACAUCAACAUCAAUCAACUGCCGAACCUUGAUGAAUCCAACUAUGAAGAUGCAGCUGAAGACAUCGAAGAACCAGUAGUUACUCCGGCAGUCGACCAGGAAGAUUUUCAACCCCGACGAUCAGACCGAUCGACCAAAGGAAUUCCCCCGACCGUUACCAAGCAUCUUAAGAGGGGAGGAAUGUGGUGA